AUGGGGAGCGGCGCUGGGGAGAACGGCUGGGCUGAGAGGCGGCCAGUGCUCUUUCCCUUCCUGCUGUCUUUGUUCUGGCCCGCGCUGUCGGAGCAGAUCCGCUACAGGAUUCGCGAGGAAAUGCCCGGGGGCUCGGUGGUGGGGAACCUCGCCAAGGACCUGGGACUGAGCGUCCUGGAGUUACCAACUCGAAAACUGCGCGUCAGUUCCGAGAAGCCUUACUUCACUGUGAGCGCAGAGAGCGGGGAGUUACUUGUGAGCAGCAGGCUAGACCGGGAGCAGAUAUGUGGGAAGAACCCAGCCUGUGCUCUUGAAUUUGAGGCUGUUGCUGAAAACCCAUUGAACUUUUAUCACGUGAAUGUGGAGAUCGAGGAUAUUAAUGACCACAUGCCAAAAUUCACACAAAAUUCCUUUGAGCUACAAAUAAGUGAGUCCACAAAGCCUGGGGCACGAUUUAUCUUAGGAUCUGCCUAUGAUGCAGAUAUUGGUACCAACUCACUACAGAAUUAUCAGCUCAAUCCCAGUGAUCAUUUCUUACUCGUGAAUAAAGAGAAAUUAGAUGGUAGUAAAUACCCCGAGCUGGUACUGAAGAUGCCCUUAGACCGGGAAGAGCAGAAGUCCUACCACUUAAUCUUGACUGCCUUGGACUGCGGGGAUCCACCACUCAGCAGCACUGCGCAGAUACAGGUCCUAGUGACUGAUGCCAAUGAUAACCCUCCAGUGUUCAGCCAGGAACUAUACAGGGUGGACCUUCCAGAAAAUGUGUUCCCAGGCACCACUGUGCUUCGAGUGAUGGCCACGGACCAGGAUGAGGGUGUCAAUGCCGAGAUCACCUUCUCUUUCACUGACGCAGGCCAUAUCACCCAGUUCGACCUGAAUUCUAAUACUGGGGAAAUUACUAUUCUAAAUAAGUUAGAUUUUGAGGAAGUCAAAGAAUAUUCCAUAGUUCUGGAAGCAAGGGAUGGUGGAGGAAUGAUUGCCCAAUGUACGGUAGAGAUAGAAGUCCUAGACGUAAAUGAUAACGUCCCAGAAGUGAUAUUCCAAUCUCUGCCGGAUCUUAUUAUGGAAGACGCCAACCUGGGAACACACAUUGCUUUGCUCAAAAUCCGUGACAAGGAUUCCGGAGACAACGGAGAAGUUAUUUGUAAAUUAGAAGGUGAAGUUCCGUUUAAAUUACUCACUUCUUCAAGAAACACGUAUAAAUUAGUGACAGAUGGAGUUCUAGAUCGGGAGCUGACUCCGGAGUACAAUGUGACCAUCACAGCGACUGACAGGGGCAAGCCGCCCCUCUCCGCCAGCACUACCAUCACCGUGCGCAUCGGAGAUGUAAACGACAACGCUCCGGUUUUCCACCAGGCCUCCUACGUGGUCCACGUGGCCGAGAACAACCCGCCCGGCGCCUCCAUCGCCCAAGUCAGCGCCUCAGAUCCCGACCUGGGACCCAACGGCCGCGUCUCCUACUCCAUCGUGGCCAGCGACCUGGAGCCGCGGGCGCUGUCGUCCUACGUGUCGGUGAGCGCGCAGAGCGGGGUGGUGUUCGCGCAGCGCGCCUUCGACCACGAGCAGCUGCGCGCCUUCGAGCUGACGCUGCAGGCCCGCGACCAGGGCUCGCCCGCGCUCAGCGCCAACGCGAGCCUGGUGCUGUACCCGGCGCUGGGGCCCGACGGCUCGGCGCUCUUCGACACGGUGCCGCGCGCCGCGCAGCCCGGCUACCUGGUCACCAAGGUGGUGGCGGUGGACGCCGACUCGGGACACAACGCCUGGCUGUCCUACCACGUGCUGCAGGCCAGCGAGCCCGGACUCUUCAGCCUGGGGCUGCGCACGGGCGAGGUGCGCACGGCGCGUGCUUUGGGCGACAGGGACGCGGCCCGCCAGCGCCUGCUGGUCGCCGUGCGGGACGGGGGACAGCCGCCCCUCUCGGCCACCGCCACGCUGCUCCUGGUCUUCGCAGACAGCCUACAAGAGGCGCUGCCGGACCUCGGCGACCAUCCUGCACCCUCUGAGCCCCAGGCUGAGCUGCAGUUUUACCUGGUGGUGGCCUUGGCCUUGAUCUCCGUGCUCUUCCUGCUCGCAGUGAUUCUGGCCAUUGCCCUGCGCCUGCGACGCUCCUCCAGCCCCGCCGCCUGGGGCUGCUUUCGGCCUGAUCUCUGCGUCAAGUCUGGACCUGGGGUUCCCCCCAACUACAGCGAAGGGACUUUACCUUAUUCCUACAAUUUGUGCGUUGCCCGUACUGGAAAGACAGAGUUUAAUUUUCUAAAAUGUACUGAGCAGUUGGGUUCAGGACAAGACAUGCUUUGUGGUGAUUCGUCUGGGCCGUUAUUUCCGAUUUGUAAUUCCAGUGAGUCAGCCUUCCAGCCGGUGAGUUUCCUUUAA